GAAGGCGCCAGCGAGGGCCUCCGGCAGCUUUCUCCGGGUCCUCUGAAAGCCGCCGGCCAGGGGGCGUUUUGAGCAGCAAGGGCGGACAAAGCCUCCCCUCUCCACGGCUCGGUGCCUUGGCUCGGAGCUGCAGUUCAGGUCAAGUUUGCGGCUAGAUGUGAGCACCUGGGGGCCCGGUGGUUCGCCUACGCAGCUCCAUCCAUCCAGCAGUGCCCGUGGCCUCGCACUUGCGCGUGGCUUGCGGCAGCGGCCGCCCAGCCUCCCACUCCUCUCUCGGACCUCGGCGCCCGGCGUCUCCCAAUUCCCGGCUCCCAGCAGGGGAGGCAGCGGCUGGAGCGGCGGCGGCGGCGCGCAGCGGGAGCCCAGACGCAGUGUGGCCGGGAGGUGGAGGCGGGGACCUGGCGGGCCGCCAGCGCCUGGCUCCCGGAAGCGGGUGGUUCCCCGGCUUCAGCGGAGCGGACCGGCGCGGUCGCCAGAGCUCCAGCAUCCGCGUCUGCGCCUCCACGAGCCGCGGGAUCUGCACCGCCGCCCGAGCAGCGCCACCCCAGCUCUCGGCUGCCUGGCUGGCAAGAUGUUGCCGGAGUACGAGGAGGUGAAGAAGGCCAACCCGCUGCAGCACGCGAACCUCUGCUCGCGCGUGUUUUUCUGUUGGCUGAACCCCCUGUUUAAAAUCGGACACAAACGGAGAUUAGAAGAAGAUGAUAUGUAUUCAGUGCUUCCGGAGGACCGCUCAAAGCAUCUUGGGGAACAGUUACAAAGGUACUGGGACAAAGAACUUUCGAGAGCCGGGAAUGACGCACAGAAGGCUUCUUUAACAAAAGCAAUCAUCAAGUGUUACUGGAAGUCCUAUUUAAUUUUGGGACUUUUUACAUUUGUUGAGGAAAGCAUCAGACUAGUCCAGCCCAUAUUUUUGGGGAAGAUUAUUAAUUAUUUUGAAAACUACGACCCCACCGAUUCUGUGGCCCUGCAAAAAGCCUACAUGUACGCCGCCAUGCUGGUGUUCUGCACGCUCAUUCUGGCCUUGCUGCAUCACCUGUACUUUUAUCACGUUCAGUGUGCGGGCAUGAGGCUAAGAGUUGCCAUGUGCCACAUGAUUUACCGGAAGGCUCUGCGCCUCAGUAACGUGGCCAUGGGCAAGACGACCACGGGCCAGAUCGUCAACCUGCUGUCCAACGACGUGAACAAGUUCGAUCAGGUAACGAUAUUCUUGCACUUUCUGUGGGUAGGCCCACUGCAGGCCAUCGGGGUCACGGUCCUGCUUUGGAUGGACAUUGGAAUAUCCUGUCUUGGCGGCAUGGCCGUUCUGAUCAUCCUUCUGCCUUUGCAAAGCGGCUUCGGCAAGCUGUUCUCCUCCCUGCGGAGCAAGACCGCAGCUUUCACAGACGCCAGGAUCAGAACCAUGAAUGAAGUUAUCACCGGCAUCAGAAUAAUAAAAAUGUAUGCCUGGGAAAAGUCAUUUGCGGACCUUAUUACCCAUUUGAGGAGGAAGGAGAUCUCCAAGAUUCUGAGAAGUUCCUGCCUUAGGGGAUUGAAUCUGGCAUCGUUUUUCGUUGCGAGCAAGAUCAUCGUUUUCGUGACCUUCACUGUCUACGUGCUCCUUGGCAACGUGAUCACGGCCAGCCGCGUGUUUGUGGCGGUGGCACUCUACAGGGCCGUGCAGUUGACGGUCACGCUCUUCUUCCCCGCAGCCAUCGAGAAGGUGUCAGAGUCCAUCGUCAGCAUCCGAAGAAUCAAGGACUUUCUGUUGCUCGAUGAGAUAAAAGAGCCCAGUGUGCUGCUGCCCUCAGACGGUAAAAUGGUAGUGCAUGUGCAAGAUUUUACUGCUUUUUGGGAUAAGGCGUCAGAAACCCCAACGCUGCAAGGCCUUUCCUUCACCGUCAGACCUGGCGAAUUGUUAGCUGUGGUUGGACCUGUGGGAGCCGGAAAGUCAUCGCUGUUGAGCGCCGUGCUGGGCGAGCUGCCGCCACACCAGGGACUGGUCACUGUGCACGGAAGGGUCGCCUAUGUCUCUCAGCAGCCCUGGGUGUUCUCAGGCACCGUGAGGAGUAAUAUUUUAUUUGGGAAGAAGUAUGAGAAGGAACGCUACGAAAGAGUCAUAAAGGCUUGCGCUUUGAAAAAGGAUUUGGAGCUUUUGGAGGAUGGAGAUCUAACCGUGAUAGGAGAUCGGGGAGCCACGCUGAGUGGAGGGCAGAAAGCCCGUGUCAACCUUGCCAGAGCGGUGUAUCAGGAUGCAGACAUCUACCUCCUGGACGAUCCCCUCAGCGCGGUAGAUGCGGAAGUCAGCAAGCACUUGUUCCAGCUGUGCAUUUGUCAGACCUUGCACAAGAAGAUCACAAUCUUAGUGACCCACCAGCUGCAGUACCUAAAAGCUGCCAGUCAGAUUCUGAUAUUGAAAGAUGGUAAAAUGGUGCAAAAGGGGACUUACACCGAGUUUCUGAAAUCCAAGCUAGACUUUGGUUCCCUUUUGAAGAAGGAAAAUGAGGAGGCCGAGCAAGCGUCCGCCUCAGAGAGUCCCACGCUGAGGCAUCGGACCUUCUCGGAGUCUUCCGUUUGGUCUCAGCAGUCUUCCAGACCCUCACUGAAAGAUGGUGCCCCGGAGGGCCAGUCUGUUGAGAACGUGCAGGUUCCAGUCGCCGAGGAGAGCCGUUCCGAAGGAAAAAUCGGUCUCAAGGCCUACUGGAACUACUUCACAGCUGGGGCCAACUGGUUUAUCCUCAUUGUCCUUAUUCCGCUUAACGUUGCUGCGCAGGUGUUCUACAUUCUUCAGGAUUGGUGGCUCUCCUACUGGGCAAAUAAACAGAGCACCCUGAACACCACUGUAAAUGGAAAAGGAAAUGUAACUGAGCAGCUGGAUCUUAACUGGUACUUAGGAGUUUAUUCAGGUUUAACUGUAGCUACCGUCAUUUUUGGCAUCACGAGAUGUCUGUUGGUGUUCUACAUCCUUGUCAAUUCUUCACAAACUUUACACAACAAAAUGUUUGAGUCCAUUUUGAAAGCUCCGGUCUUGUUCUUCGAUAGAAAUCCAAUAGGAAGAAUUUUAAAUCGUUUCUCCAAAGACAUCGGACACAUGGAUGACCUGCUGCCCCUGACUUACCUCGAUUUCAUCCAGGCAUUCCUGCAAAUGCUUAGUGUGGUGAGCGUGGCGGUGGCUAUGAUUCCUUGGGUUGCAAUACCUCUGGUGGUCCUUGGCAUCAUUUUCUUCUUCCUUCGGAGCUAUUUCCUACAGACGUCAAGAGACAUCAAACGCCUGGAAUCUACAACACGGAGCCCGGUGUUUUCGCACUUAUCGUCCUCUCUCCAGGGGCUCUGGACCAUCCGGGCCUGCAAAACUGAAGAGCGCUUUCAGGAGCUGUUUGAUGCCCACCAGGAUUUGCAUUCAGAGGCUUGGUUCUUGUUUUUGACCACGUCCCGAUGGUUUGCUGUGCGUCUGGAUGCCAUCUGUACCAUCUUUGUCAUUGUUAUUGCCUUUGGGUCCCUGGUUCUGGCAAAAACUUUGGAUGCCGGGCAGGUGGGCCUCACGCUGUCCUACGCCCUCUCACUGAUGGGGAUGUUCCAGUGGUGCGUCAGGCAGAGCACCGAAGUCGAGAAUAUGAUGAUUUCGGUGGAGAGGGUGAUGGAAUAUACAGACCUGGAGAAGGAAGCACCUUGGGAAUCCCUGAAACGCCCACCGCUGACCUGGCCCCACGAAGGAGUGAUUGUCUUUGACAACGUCAACUUCAUGUACAGUUUUGACGGGCCUGUGGUCCUGAAGCACCUGACGGCACUGAUUAAAGCAAGAGAAAAGGUUGGCAUCGUGGGAAGAACAGGAGCUGGAAAGAGCUCCCUCAUCUCAGCCCUUUUUAGACUGUCAGAACCCGAAGGUAAAAUUUGGAUCGAUAAGAUCUUGACAACCGAAAUUGGACUUCACGAUUUAAGGAAGAAAAUGUCAAUCAUACCUCAGGAGCCUGUUUUAUUCACUGGAACAAUGAGGAAAAAUCUGGAUCCUUUUAAUGAGCACACGGAUGAGGAGCUGUGGAAUGCCUUAAAAGAGGUGCAGCUUAAAGAAACCAUCCAAGAGCUUCCCCGCAAAAUGGAUACAGAACUAGCGGAAUCGGGAUCGAACUUCAGUGUGGGACAGAGGCAGCUGGUGUGCCUGGCCAGAGCCAUUCUCAGGAAGAAUCGGAUAUUGAUCAUUGACGAAGCGACUGCAAACGUGGACCUGAGAACUGAUGAGUUAAUACAAAAAACAAUCCGUGAGAAAUUUGCUCACUGCACCGUGCUGACCAUCGCGCACAGGUUGAACACCAUUAUCGACAGUGACAAGAUCAUGGUUUUGGAUUCGGGAAGACUGAAAGAAUAUGAUGAGCCCUAUGUUUUGCUGCAGAAUAAAGAGAGCCUAUUUUACAAGAUGGUGCAGCAACUGGGCAAAGCAGAAGCUGCUGCCCUCACCGAAAUAGCCAAGCAGGCGUACUUCAGAAGGCAUUAUCCGGACAUUACCCAGAAUGGCCCUGUGGUUAUGAGCACGUCUAAUGAACAGCCCUCAGCCUUCACUAUUUUUGAGACAGCCCUGUGAUUCUACCACGAUGUCCAGCCUACUCUGAAGACAUUUUUUCCAAUAUUUUUGCACUGUCUGAACCACACUAAACUUUUUUUUUACACUAGAACCAAAUAGUUAACACAUAUAAGACGUUAGUUUGUUUCGAUUUGGACUCCAACUUCAUCCAAUGAUCUCAGGCUCUAUCAAAGUUACUUAUUAUUUAUAUUUAUAUUUAUAUGUUAUAGUAUUUUUUCCUUAUCUACACGAGAAGUACAGGUCACCAACAAAAGCUUUCUACCAGGUUUUGUGCCUUAAGAGACUCAGAGCCAAGGCUCAUUUUGUGAGGUGCGAGACAAUGUCGGAAGAGAUACUUCCCUCCCCCCACAAAUUACAUAUUACUUCCCGGUUCUAUCAGGGAUUCUGUUUACUUGAAAACUGUGUGACGUCACCUCACCGUGUUGUCUUACCACUUUCUUCAACAUACUUAGGAUCCAUUAGUUUCCCCCCCACAGGCUUCCGGCUCAAAUAGCACAGAUAAAACUAAUAGGAAAAACAAAAAAUAUGCUUCAGUGUAAGUGGCGUUAGAGUAGGGAAAGUAUAUUCUCCCCCCACCAAAAAAAUGGAUAUCAUUAAAAUAUAGAGAGGCAGUAUUUAAUUAUAUGUUCCAAAAGAAAAGGAAGAGAAAAAUAAUGCUUUCUCAAAAUAGAAGCACUUGUAGGCGACAUAGUAAUGAAGGACCCAAGUGUGGUCAUUGACCAUCUUUAAAUAUGCAUGACUUUGCCAUGGUCGCUGGUGCAGUUUUAGACGCAGUGUGCUGAUGUUGUCGGGAAAAGGCAAACCGCUCCCGCUAAUUCCUGAAUAGGUAAUGCUCCUCUCAUUUGGGUUUCUGCCGGCCGACCUUCCUCUGACCAUAAACCUUUGGUGUAGCCUUUAUUGAACGUCCUUCUAAACUGCCCACGUGGACUGUGUUGCGUUGGUGAGGAAGAAAACGAAGAUCACUGCAGACACUGACUGCACUCACACAGUGUAUCCUCAGGAUGCAUCCAGAAGGCUCCCGUGUGUAGGCCAACCCCAGUUACGGAAGUUUCCCAUCCACCACGAGAGCAGUUUGUUUAGGCCUUUCUGACUAGCAAAUGGACAGAUCACGCUGCAUCCCAGGGCCUUCUGUGCUCUCCUUGAACUGUGGGUCUUUAGUUUUUCUCGAUGGUGAUGGCUAUAGUAUCUUGGGGUCAAGUGACUGAAGAUUUGACUGUCCUGGUUUUAAGUGGACUCUCGUAACCUCUCAGAAUAAGGUAUAACCACCCUCAACUCGAAUAUAAUAAUACCUCUAUGCCUUCACAGAGCAGGUUUUCGGAGUCUUCAACAGAAACAAAUGUUUUAUAGCAUCAAGCCUUAAACACACACACACGCACACAUACACAGAGCUACCAAAAUGACGUGAGUGCAGUAGCUGUUGAACAUUUUCUGUCUAAAAAUAUUAUGGUCAACGUCUAGUCCAGUGAAACAAUCAGCUGUUUGAUAGUCAAGGUUAGUAUUUCAGGAGACUGGGACAACAGCGAGGGUAACCAUGAGGGUUGUUGAAGCAGUGGAAAUAUUGGAAACGUGUGUGUGUUUAGUUUGUCUUUAGAGGUCAAAGGCAGUUUAAAACUGUUUCUAUGUGAUUUUUACUUGCAUCAUAGAGUUUUUAAUGAAACAAAAUCUAGUUGAAAUAAACGACAGUUUUCAUCUCUGUGUAGAGUUCCGUGCUGUUGUUCUUAGAGGGAUUGCUGGCGCGCGCCCUUGCUGGGUUGAAAGUCGCUGAGUUUUCCUGAGAUACCUCCCAUGACUGGCAGGUUCUCUUGACCUUUUCAUGGGGUGGACCGAACAUUCUCAGCAGAUAGGUGGUUUUCAGGGCAGGUUAACAUAGUUGCUACUGAAGCAAACCCAGUUGUCCCACUUGCAGGAACAAGGAGAGAGUAUUAGCUUAUGCCCUGGGCUUGAACAAGUAUUAGAUUGUUGAGGUUUUUGUUUUUUGAAAGGUUGCUUUGUCCUAGACUAACAAGAAUCAUCUGUUGGUGGUCCAUUUAAAACACUGCAGAACGGGGUUCUCAAAGUAUAGUCCCUGGACCAGCAGCCUGAGCAUCACCUGGGAACUUGUUAGAAGUGCAAAUUCUUGUUUCUCACCCCGUAUCUACCCAGUCAUAACCUCUGGGGGUGGGGGCCAGGAAUCUGUCUUCAUAACCCCAAAAAGGGUGAUUCUGAUGCAGACUGAAGUCUGGGAACCAGUACUUAGAACCUAAGGAACUCCUGGCAUUCAUUAACCCACAGAAAGCCUGGUUAGAUAAAUAGACACAGAGAUUGAAUAGACAUUUCACAAAAGAGAAUACCCAAAUAGCCAAUAACUGGAAAAGUGCUCACUCUCGUUAGUUACCAGGAAAAUAUAAACUAAAACCACAAUGAGAUACCACUAGACAGCCAUUAGAAUGGCCAAGCAUGCCAGUCAGGUGCCAACGGAGCAGGUGGAACUCUCGUGCACUACUGUUCUAGAAGUGGUCAAGGUCAGGCAGAUUCACACAGGACUUGAGCAGAUGGAAAGAAAAUUUUUGGAGCCAUCAGGAUAUCUGACAUGCCUUUAUUCCAGGGUGGGGCAAUACACACGCUGCAAGCCACAAGCCACACCCCAGGAAGUCCCGACUCCCUUAUGUACUAAAUGCAUACAAAGCCGGCAGGAUGCCAAGACAUUAUAUAACAGAGUUUGAUUUUGCGCAUAGGGGCCCAUGCUCAAGGUUACAUGAAUACUGCUAAGUCACAGCCUCUCAGAAGUCAGGAUGAAGGAGCCUGACUGACUCCAUUUCCUUGCAACUACUGUGUGUAUUAAAAUGUGUAUUUUGAGAAAAUGACUUUGAAAACCAGUCGGACAUCAUUGACUCAAGCCACACACUCUGUGAUCCAUUCAUUCUACUCCAAACACACACACUUGUGCUCCAAGAGAUGUUGUGUUCAAGGAUGUUCCUAGAAACAUGAUUUCUAAUAGCCCCAAACUGGAAAUAACCCAAAUGCUCAUCAACAACAAAAAGAAAACAAACUCUCAUAUAUUAGAAACUCCAAAGCAAUGAAAGUCAUUCAAUUACAUCAGUGACACAGGUGAAUUUCAGAAAUUUAAGCCGGACCUGGAAGAAUGUUUAUAUUCCAUUUAUACAAAGUUCAAACACAGUCACAAUUAAACUAUAGUGUUCAAAGUGAAAUAAAAGGGGAACUUUCAGGGUGUGUAAAAUACUCUGGUGGAGCUAGGUGGUGGUUAGAACAGUAUUGGGCUCUUCAUUUAUUUGCUACACUUUUCUGUUGCAGGCUGUACUUCACAAUUGAGUUAACUAAGAACAGAGUUCUCUGCCUGCUUUUCUUUUAGAAUCACUCAAAUUCAGAGGCUUGAUCAUGUAAAAUGGACUAAUCCACAUCUGGGAAACAAUUUUCUGCUUAAACUGUGAGUCUGUUUGAGUUGUCCUGUGAUCCACAGAGAGUGGCCUGUCUUGAAGGUCUUGGCACAUGAGGGUCAGGGUCUCUGUUUUCUCUGAUUAAUGAAAUGAAUCACACUACCUCUCUCCAAUUCCAGGAUAAGUACCAAAGCGAUGAGUAGUAAGUAUUUUCUAAGUUCUGGUUUUUAAAGCCACUUUAUUGAGGUAUGAUUGACAUACAAAGACUGUACAUAUUUAAUAUCUACAAAUUCAUGAGGUUGGAGGUAAGUGUAUACCAUGUAACCACCACGAUCUAUCUAAUCAACAUAUCCAUCACCUCCAAAAGUUUCCUCUUACACUCUUCUGUCAUUUCCAUUUGUAUGAGUGAGAUACAAACAAAAUCGAAUGCUAAAUGCUUUUGAUAACACCGUAAAUGGUAGGUGUCUUACGAAGAAGCAGUCCAAACCAAUUCACGGAGGCAGUGAGCUAGAUUCACUAAGUGUGGUGAUGAUGGAUGAGUUAACUGUUAACGUAGCAACAGGCUAACACGUCCCUAUGUGACCUGAUGAGAUCUGUAUUUUCCUUUCUGACAGUUUGGAGAUACUGGAAGCUCCUUUCCUCAAACCUCAAUAUUUGUUCCAUAUCGAAUUCUGAAAAGUCGGUGAUGUUCAGAAUCUGUUGCCGUGAAGUAUUUGAGACUUAGCAUCUGGAUAUGUCAGUCACUUCACAUAACCAGUUCUGUUUUGGAUGGUUUUUAACAUUCACCUUUACCUAGAAAACUGUAUGACAUUCUGGACCCCACAUCUCAAGAGAAAACCUUCCUUGUCAUUCUGCAGUGGUAGUUCAGGAACCAACAUGCUUAUAUUUGAGUAAGUGGAAUGAUGGAGAAGGAAUCUUUUCACUUAAAAGGAAGAAAAUGGAGAACAUUCAAAUUAAAACAAGAAAAAUGUUCUAAAAGCCAUGUUUAUAGUCAGUGAAGUUUCAUUAACAAAUGACCUAAAACUGAACAUGUGUCCAAAAAAAUUCUAUUCCCAAAGUACCAGAGUUAUGAACUACAAUAUCCCACAAGGAGACAGACUAAAACAUAGUUACUGGUUUCCUCGAGAAAUGCAAUCAAUUCGUGGAUUAAUUUCCACCAAAUGUGAUGUAUGUGUUUGCAUGGUGGAUGUUGAGCUUUAUCAAAUUGAGGAUUUAAAUCAAGAGAUAACCAUA